AUGGCAAAUAAUGUUGACCAUAGUGUCGCUAAGAUGUCAGAGAACCUGGGUGAGAUCAUUGGCGAGGGCUCUCUGGGCGCUGUGUACACAUAUAAAAAGGAUCCGAAGCAGGCGAUUAAGGAAAUUCGUCUGGACACAUUGAAGGAGCAUGCCAAAGACGUUCUUAUUAAAAGACUCUGCGUAUUUCAACAUGUUAGUCACCCCCACGUUCUCGAAUAUUUUUGGGCGCUACAAGCUAAUGAUUUUGUUUAUCUUUCCAUGUGGCACUACCACGAAAGCCUUGCUUCCUUGAUUGUGAAACACAAACGAGAAAAAAGGCCCAUACCUGAGGCAACUAUUCUUACUAUCAUCGACCACGUCACCUCUGCCCUUGCCUAUCUUCAUGACCCAAAUAAGCAGGGUAAAAACUGGGAACCUCUACCGGUAUUUACUCAUCAAAAUCUCAAGACAGACAACAUAUUAACUAACAAAAACGCAAACUUCUUUGUUGUGGCGGACUGUGGGCUCUGCAGGAGCGCUCUGGAGGGUGCACCUGCUGGUUUUGGUAGCUCAACUUACUCUGCUCCAGAAGUGCUUUUGAGGGGAGAAUCUAGUACGGCCUCUGACAUGUGGAGCCUCGGAAUCAUCAUCUAUGAGCUGGUCAGCUUGAGUAGACCACACUUCAUAAGGGGUUGUAGGCCGACGGAGGUUUUCGUUAGCGAUUGGAGGCCGGACCUCAGUGAGAUUGCUGAUGGCUUUCUGAAAGAUAUACUCCGACGACUUCUCGUACUGAAUCCAACCAACCGCCUCUCUGCUAUAGACUUAGCGAAUAUGUUAGAUUUAAAAAGUAAUGCUACGAGCGUUGCUAGGAAGACACUGCCUACCGAUGACUCUGUAAUAAGGAUUAGUACACUUGAAAGAAAGUGUGCAAUGCUCGAGGCAGAGCGCGCAACCCUCAGGGUAACUUUGAGUAACUCUCAGUCCAAGAUUGAGGAGCAAGAAGCACAAAUACAGUCCCUCAAGAGUGCCUGCUCGUCGUACAACUCACGGAAUACAACACCCAAACCGAAGCCUGAGUCUCCAAGCAGUCCAAACAUUGACCUGUUGCACACGGGGGUGUCUUCAGAAACACCUUCUCGACUCGCGAAAUCUUCAGUGCAUGAGAACCACCCUAAGUAUGCAACAAUGAUAGCCGCUGCGUGUAACAACGAGGUGAACGACAUCAAGGUCUUUUUGAGCCUGGGCAAUAGCAUAGGAAGGCGUGACGAACACGGAAUGACAGCCCUUAUGCAUGCUGCGCAGCGAGGGCACUUGCAGAUCGUCCGGAUGCUUGCUAACAAAGAGUCUGGACUCAAAGACGAGACAGGCAUGACUGCUCUCAUGCAUGCCGCACUUGGUGGACACGCAGAGUCCGUGUCCAUUUUAUGUAGGUUUGAAGUGGGUGUAACGGACAAGAAAGGGCAGUCAGCUCUCAACAUGGCACUGGAAAAUGGUCAUCUAUCAAUCGUCAAGCGUCUUAUCAAACACGAAAAGGAUGUUCUUAAGUGGACUUUCCUUAUGUGUGCAGCUGCAAAGGGCGACGUAGCCACCGUCAAGAAGCACCUCAGGAUCAAGAGUAGAAAAGAUGCCAACGGAGACACUGCACUCAUCAUUGCUGGAAAGGCAGGAUUUGGAAAUAUCGUUGAGGUUAUUCAGCCCACCAGCAAAAAGGGUGUCACCGCUCUCAUGCAGGCUGUGAAGUCUGGAGACAUCAAAACAGUGAAGGCCCUUGUAUCUCUCCAGGGAGGAAUGCGGACGACCGACUGUUACACCUAUGAAGUCGGGACGGAAAGCUAUUCCUGCGGUAAAGGAUACACAGCACUGAUGUUCGCUGCACAACAAGGCAAUACGGAGAUCAUCAGCGAGCUCAUUAAGUGCGAGGCAAAGAUGCAAACUGGAACUGGUGAGACAGCCCUUAUGCAGGCCGCGCGAGCUGGUAAAAUAGAGGCGGUGAAGAUGCUCAUAGACUAUGAAAAGGGGAUGAAAGCUACAUCUACAGAUUCCCUCUUCCCAUGCAGCUGUACAGCCCUCUCCAUAGCUAGGGCGGCAAAGCAUUACGACGUUGUAAAUCUUCUUUCUCAGUAUCCAGAGGAGCGGUGUUAG